GUGCGAUUGACAGCCCAGUGAGUGAGGUGGCGGUCGGUGGAAAGUACACUCAGGCACCAGAAGUGGCUAGUUAGCUUGGCGGUUGUGAACGGGGACGCUAUCUCCUUACACUCCGGACAAGUGCUGCUUUCAUCGACAAGGUCCUGUGCCAACGAGUGCUGCCAUGUCGGCAAAAGCCAUCUCGGAGCAGACGGGGAAGGAGUUCCUCUACAAGUACAUCUGCACGACAGCGGCUGUUCAGAACCGAUUCCGUUACGCCAAUGUCACUUCUGAGACCGACUGGGACCGGCUCACACAGGAGCACCCCUGGCUGCUCACUGAGCGGCUGGUGGUGAAGCCAGACCAGCUGAUCAAGCGUCGUGGGAAACUGGGGCUGGUGGGUAUCAACCUGGACCUUCAGGGUGUCCAGGACUGGCUGAAGCCCCGCCUCAUGAGAGAAACCACUGUUGCGAAAGCCAAGGGUGUGUUGAAGAACUUCCUCAUUGAGCCAUUCGUGGCACAUACACAGAAUGAGGAGUUCUAUGUAUGUAUUUAUGCCAGUCGUGAAGGGGACUAUGUGCUCUUCCACCAUGAGGGAGGAGUAGAGGUGGGCGAUGUGGAUGCUAAGGCCCAGAGGCUGCUGGUUGCUGUGGACAACAAGCUGAGCGAGGACCAAGUCACAGAGCAGCUCCUCACACAUGUCUCUGAUGAUAAGAAAGAAGUCCUGGCCAGUUUCAUAGUGGGGCUCUUCAACCUGUACGAAGAUCUCUAUUUCACCUACCUGGAGAUCAACCCACUGGUGGUUACCCAAGAUGGAGUGUAUGUCCUGGACAUGGCAGCAAAGAUUGAUGCAACAGCAGACUACAUCUGUAAGGCGAAGUGGGGUGAUGUGGACUUCCCUCCACCCUUUGGCAGAGAAGCCUAUCCAGAGGAGGCCUACAUAGCUGACCUGGAUGCAAAAAGUGGUGCCAGUCUGAAACUGACCCUGCUAAACCCUCAUGGCAGGAUCUGGACCAUGGUGGCUGGAGGAGGAGCAUCAGUAGUCUACAGUGACACCAUCUGUGACCUGGGUGGGGUUGAUGAGCUGGCCAACUAUGGCGAGUACUCUGGAGCACCCAGCGAGCAGCAGACCUACGACUAUGCAAAAACCAUCCUCUCCCUCAUGACCCGUGAGAAGCACCACCAAGGGAAAGUGUUGAUCAUCGGGGGAAGUAUUGCCAACUUCACCAACGUAGCAGCCACAUUCAAAGGCAUUGUCAGGGCAAUCAGAGACUACCAGGGCCCUCUGAAGGAGCACGAGGUCACCAUUUUUGUUCGGCGUGGUGGCCCCAAUUACCAGGAAGGCCUUAGGGUGAUGGGGGAAGUAGGGAAGACCACAGGCAUCCCCAUCCAUGUAUUUGGAACCGAGACCCAUAUGACCGCUAUUGUGGGCAUGGCCCUGGGCCAUCGACCAAUUCCCAACCAGCCCCCCAUGGAUGCACAUACUGCCAACUUCCUCCUCAACGCCAGCAACAACGCAGUGACCCCAGCUACCACAAGGACAGCCUCGUUCUCUGAGGGGCACAUGGCAACCAAUGAUGCCACUCCAGCUAAAAAGUCUAAGGCAGGUCUUCCCGCAGCCAAAGCUACCACGCUGUUCAGCAGACACACCAAGGCCAUUGUAUGGGGCAUGCAGACAAGAGCCGUGCAAGGCAUGCUUGACUUUGACUACGUGUGCUCACGGGACGAGCCCUCGGUGGCAGCUAUGGUCUAUCCCUUUACUGGGGAUCACAAGCAGAAGUUCUACUGGGGCCACAAGGAAAUCCUGCUGCCAGUCUACAAAAACAUGGCUGAUGCCAUGAAUAAGCACCCUGAGGUAGAUGUACUGAUCAGCUUUGCUUCGCUGCGUUCAGCCUUCGACAGCACCAUGGAGACCAUGCAGUACCCUAAGAUUCACACUAUUGCCAUCAUAGCUGAGGGAAUACCUGAAGCCCAGACCCGCAAGAUGAUAAAGCUGGCUGAUGAAAAAGGUGUCACAAUCAUUGGCCCUGCCACGGUUGGGGGCAUCAAGCCAGGCUGUUUUAAGAUUGGUAACACAGGUGGAAUGCUGGAUAACAUCCUGGCUUCUAAACUGUACCGACCUGGCAGUGUGGCCUAUGUGUCUCGCUCUGGGGGCAUGUCCAAUGAGCUCAACAACAUCAUCUCCCGCACCACAGAUGGUGUCUAUGAGGGCGUGGCCAUCGGAGGAGACAGGUAUCCAGGCUCCACCUUCAUGGACCAUGUUCUGCGUUACCAAGACACUCCAGGAAUUCAGAUGAUUGUUGUUCUGGGAGAGAUUGGCGGUACAGAGGAGUACAAGAUCUGCCAGGGCAUCAGAGAGGGCAGAAUAACAAAGCCUGUAGUCUGUUGGUGUAUAGGAACAUGUGCUACCAUGUUCUCCUCAGAGGUCCAGUUUGGCCAUGCUGGAGCCUGUGCCAAUCAGGCUUCCGAAACUGCAGUGGCCAAGAACCAGGCCCUUAGAGAUGCUGGAGCGUAUGUACCAAAAAGCUUUGAUGAGCUUGGGGAUGUGAUCAGGACAGUUUAUGAGGAGCUGGUAGCAAAUGGUACCAUCGUUCCUGCUCGUGAGGUGCCUCCCCCGACAGUGCCAAUGGACUACUCUUGGGCUAGGGAAUUGGGCCUGAUCCGUAAACCGGCCUCCUUCAUGACUAGCAUCUGUGAUGAGCGAGGUCAGGAGCUCAUCUACGCUGGCAUGCCCAUCACUGAGGUCUUCAAGGAGGAGAUGGGCCUAGGAGGGGUGCUGGGCUUGCUCUGGUUUCAGCGCAGAUUGCCACGCUAUGCCUGCCAGUUCAUUGAGAUGUGCCUGAUGGUGACUGCUGACCACGGGCCUGCUGUCUCUGGUGCCCACAACACCAUUGUUUGUGCCCGUGCUGGCAAGGACCUUAUCUCAAGCCUCACAUCUGGCCUGCUCACCAUUGGGGACCGUUUUGGAGGAGCCCUGGAUGCGGCAGCCAAGCAGUUCAGCAAAGCAUUUGACAGUGGCAUGCUGCCAAUGGAGUUUGUCAACAAGAUGAAGAAGGAUGGCAAACUCAUCAUGGGCAUCGGACACAGGGUGAAGUCGAUCAACAACCCAGACAUGCGGGUGCAGAUUCUGAAGGACUUUGUUAAGCAGCAUUUCCCUGCCACCCAGUUGCUGGACUAUGCCCUAGAUGUAGAAAAGAUUACCACCUCAAAGAAACCCAAUCUGAUUCUCAACGUAGAUGGUUUCAUUGGAGUCGCCUUUGUGGAUUUGCUUCGAACGUGUGGAGGCUUCACACGGGAUGAGGCAGACGAGUUCGUGGAGAUUGGUGCUCUGAAUGGUAUCUUUGUCCUGGGCCGAAGUAUGGGCUUUAUCGGCCACUACUUGGACCAGAAGAGGCUGAAGCAGGGUUUGUACCGCCACCCCUGGGAUGACAUCUCCUAUGUGCUUCCUGAACACAUGUCCAUGUAAUCGUGACAUCACACCACAGGAUGCACCUCCAGAUGGAAAAGCCCAAGUCAAAUAGGCAAGGUUUCACUGCCUGCUUAUGACAUUAGCCGCCUUGAGGAAAAUUGGGCAGGAUGACUCUGUAAAGCAGAAAUACGGUUUGACCAAGGUAUCUUGGUAGCGUGGCACACUAGAUUUUAUGGAGAGAAAAAAGGGGAACCAAGUUUUUAGUUUUAGAUUUUUGACAAAACUAUUUAAAUGGGUUGAGACGUAACUUAUUCAGUUGUAAACAAAGAGCCAAACCAAUGCAAAGUGCAUCUACUGUGGCAGCACAAAAGUUUAUUGGUACUUGGGGAAAAUGCACACAGCUCUGCUUAAUGCAGUUGGUACAGGGACAUAAUACACAACAUAGUAUAUUUACCAUGGCCCUUUUGAUUAUGGCGUCUGAAUAGUAAAUCAAAAGUAGUGUUCCUCAACGCAGUUGUGCUCCUGCUCCACUCAAACUCGGCAAUACUUGUCUUUUCUUUUUUUUCUUUUUCUUUUUACUAUUUGCAAAAUGAAUCAGUCAUUUUAACAUUUGUCCUGCGUUUGCCCUGUCUUUGACUCCCCAGAAAGUGUGCACGCGUAUAUUUUCUGGGGUGACUCUGUAUUGCACCUUAGUAUAAACACUCACAAACUAGAACUAAUUUUUAAACUGUGAACUUCUUCCUCCAAAUAAAUUCCACUUCAGGUGAGAAAGAUUCUGGAUGAUGUGUAAUCAUAAUGAUAAAGAUAUACCAAAGUAUUUUUAGAAAUUAGUUAUUGUUACCCAUUUAACUCCACUGAAGAGAAUAUCCAGCUGUAAAUGUUACAGGGCUUAUCUAAACUCCCUUUGUUUUAAGGCAGCAUUGGAGAGAGAAAAAAGAGAGAUUGAGGUAAAACUUAAUUAAAACAUGCAGUAUACUAUUUUCAAGUGUCACUAUAUCAUUGCCCUCACCAAUACAGUAGAAGAUGUCGAGGAGUGGUUGAAGUUCGCCAGCUGUAGAUGCAAUACAGAUGUCACUGGAUUCAAGUUUUUCACAAUUAAGAAUAGAAAUUGGACUUACCUGUUUUUGUGAUUUUCACAAUGGAGAAGAAUCGGGAUGGGAAGGCUAAAAUGCUUUAUGAAUGUGCCCUUUGAGUCUUAAGCGCACAUUUAUGCGAGGGACCAUGAAGGCAGUUUAUUUGGGGAUUAAAGUUUUGCAUGUACAAUUAAAGACAUCUCGCUUUGUAACGCUCUUAAGACUUGACAUCACCUCAAGAUGCUUUGUAACUUCCCUCUGUAUGGCCUGCUAUGUUUGUUCUUUGUUUAGCUGUUUUUAUUUAACUGUGAAAAAAUGCUUUGUUUUUGUUUUUUAAAUACAUGCUGUUAUAUAGUAGCAGAAUAAAGUUCUUGUUUAAC